AUGCCUUUCGACUAUGGCCUGGAAACGCUCAGUCCAGCUUUCGAAGACCGUCCGAUACCUUAUAUAGCUUACGGGGCUCGAUUUCCGACACUGACUGCAAACCAGCUUACACAAACGCUUGCUGCCAACCGUGUUUUCAUCAUAGCUGGGAAGGCAUUGUCGGAGAAUACACCGGCAUUGACGCGCCUCAAGUCAGCGAUCGAGAAUCAGACUUCCGUCAAAGUCGUAGGGGUUCAUAUCGGCAUUGCUCCUCAUACACCUUGGGAUCAAGUCGUGGCAAUAGCCAACGAAGCACGGACUGCAUUCGACGGCGAGAUUACAGAUCGAGAUGUAAUAAUCACGCUAGGAGGUGGAAGUAUCACCGAUGGCGCAAAGGUUAUUGCUUGGAUUCUGGCAAACCCCAAUGUCAAGGAGUCAAACGACCUGGAACAAUAUUACGCUGCUAGUGAGGGACAUGAUCCUGAGAAACUGCCUAAACCUGUAGUCAGAGUAGUCAGCAUCCCAACGACUCUAAGUGGUGGUGAAUAUCAGAACCUUGCUGGCGUUACGAGAUCGGAUGGAAGUGGACAGAAAUGUCCAUUUUACCCACCUGUUCGAAAUCCCAGCUUGGUCCUUCUCGAUCCCGAUCUGACGACAACAACACCGAGCAAAGUCUGGCUAAGCACUGGUGUUAGAGCAAUCGACCACUGUGUGGAGACGUUGUGUUCUCUGCAAAGCAACGUGCAAGCUGAUGAGGCUGCGGAACGAGGCUUGCGACGACUUGUGAGCAGUUUGCUGAGAACCAAGGGGCACGGACACGACCUGGAAGCACGGUUUGAGAGUCAGAUGGGAGUGAUUGAGGCGAUGUUUGCUGUGAGCAGCGGAGUACCCUUGGGUGCAAGCCAUGCUAUUGGCCAUCAGCUAGGACCUCUCAGUGUCGGACAUGGCGAGACAAGCUGCAUCAUGCUCCCAGCAGUUUGCAAGUGGAACGCUAAGCAAGGAGCCAAUAUUGAACGUCAAGCCAUUGCUCGAGAUAUCCUCCUACAAACAGCUGAGGUCAGAAAGCUGAUCGAAGCGAACGGCAAGACAGUCGACGACUUGGAUCUUGGUGAUUUGAUAGACUUGGUGAUUCGAGCCCUGGGCAUGCCUAGGACACUGACAGAUGUGGGGGUAGCACAAGACAAAUUCGACAUGCUGGCUAAAAACACUCUGACAGAUCAGUGGGCCGCGACUAACGCGACGCCAAUCACGACGAAAGAGCAGGUACUCGAAAUCCUAGAGAUGGUCGUGUGA